AUGGUUCCCUCCGUCUCGGCCUUUUCCUUACUGCCCAUGACGCCCCCCGAUCCCUCUGAUUCCGGAAUUUCCAGCACUAAAGAUGGCCUAUCCGUGGCGGCUGCCCUGCAGGUGAUCUCCACCGAGCGUGCCGCGCUCUUCCACCUCGAACAGAUCUACCAGACCGACGCCCUGGCCCAAGAACACCUCGUGCGCGCCGUGACCCAGAUCGCCCGCAGCAUUCGCAAUGGCGGUAAACUGGUCUGCUGCGGGGUGGGAAAGAGCGGAAAGAUCGCCCAGAAACUCGAGGCCACCAUGAAUAGUUUGGGGAUCUACAGUGCCUUUCUACACCCGACGGAGGCUCUCCACGGGGACCUCGGCAUGGUUCGACCGAAUGACACCCUCCUGGUCAUCUCCUUCUCGGGGCGCACCCCGGAGCUCCUACUCCUGCUCCCGCACAUCCCCUCCACGGUCCCUGUGAUCGCCAUUACAGCGCACAUGCACCCAUCCACCUGUCCACUGCUAUCCUUCCAGCCCUCCGACAUGGGCAUCCUCCUCCCGGCGCCCAUUCACGAAGACGAAGAGUCCGCCAUCGGCGUGUGCGCUCCAACCUCCUCAACGACAGUGGCCCUGUCUCUAGGCGACGCUCUAGCCAUCGCAACCGCGCGCCGCCUGCAUACCGCGCCAGGCCGCGGCCCCGCAGAAGUCUUCAAGAGCUUCCACCCCGGCGGAGCCAUCGGCGCCGCCUCAUCAGCCUCGACCCCCAUGAGCAUGUCCACCGCGUCCUUCCUCACAGACGAUCUAUCCGUUCCGUCCCUGCAGCCAACCCCCGAGACCAGCGGCGCGGCCCCGCUGCGCCUAUGCGACCUGCUCGUCCCCAUCGACCAGAUCCCAACAGUCACCUCCUCUUCCCAGCAUACCCGCCUCCUGGAUGUCCUUCUCACAGCCAUCCAGCACCCAUCGGCCCGGUCGUGGGUCUUCCUCUCCGAGACGGAAGAUGAGAUCAUCCCGCCUCGCCAUCUGCGCACCCUCUCGCAGUCUACAGACGUCGACAUGACUGUCUCCAGUUGCGCACAAAAGGGCCUCCCCUGCGCCGUCUCCCGCGCCGAGUGGCUCUGUCUCCCUGCGUCCAGUACCGUUGACUCCGUGCGCCGCCGCGUCGCCGAGUCCACUGGCCCUACCAUCGCAGUCAUUGCCGCCAUGCACGACGCAAAACCGGACGUCUGUUUAGGCGUGGUCGAGGCUUCAAGUCUGUGGGAUCCUCAUGGCUGA